GCUUUGCGUAACCGUAAAUAAGAUCGAUAUCUUAGGGAAUAUUACACAUUUGCCACACCGUACGUUGUUGGUUAAAUCACUAAAAUUAGUCGAACGUUGCAUGGAACUACUUUAAUCAAAAAUACCCAUAAUUCAAGAUCUUAGUAUUCCCGCAGCCUUAGCCAUUGGGCGGAGAAAGAAAAGAAAGAAACUCUUUUAGGCAAGGAGCCUAUAUCUAACGGCCAUGGGUACUAUACAGUAUAAGCCGAAAGAAUAACCAUCUUUUCAGACAUACCGACAACAAAAUCUUUCAUGCAUAGCACAUAGACGUAUAACUUAAGGACGCUCGCUACAAUUUAAGUGAUGGAAGGAUACUUUUUGCAUAUUGCCAGUAGGCUUGAGAACUUACGAACCCAGCCGUGCAAGGGAACAUUUGAUAUUUUGAAAGAAUUGAGAAGUUGGGAUCUAUGGCGGGCGGUGAUUGCAGAAGCAAUGGCCACGGCGUUGUUCGUGUUAAUUGGAACGAUGUCAAUAAUGGACCUCGAGCAGAUGGAUCAAGGGGACAGAAAUGCGAAAUACGUCCGAAUCGCCUUUGCGUUUGGCUUGAUAAUUGCUGUAUGCAUCCAAAUGAUUGGUCACGUGUCUGGAGGUCAUAUGAAUCCAGCAGUUUCCAUAGCGAUGGCUGUUGCCAAUGUGAUAAGUCCUACUAGAGCUGUGCUUUACGUAUUUGCACAGUCUCUCGGAGGAGUUGUCGGAUCAGCGCUGUUGAAAGCGUUCACGCCAUCCAGAUUGCAUAACAACCUUGCUGUGACGGUGGUCAGUCCAGAACUUCAUGUUGGCCAGGGCCUCGCUUGUGAAAUGAUCUUUACUUUUAUUCUUGUUAUGUCGAUAAUGGGCUGUACAGACUCUAACAGACCUUUGUUUGGAAGUCCAGCUGUUGGAAUAGGCCUGACAAUUACAGUGGUUCAUUUAGCCGCGAUUCCUUUUACACAAGCCAGUAUGAACCCGGCCAGAUCUCUGGGUUCAGCAGUAGCCUCACUUCACUUUGACGAUCAUUGGGUGUACUGGGUAGGACCUAUUGUUGGUGGAAUUUUGGCAGCCAUUUUGUACAAGUAUGUCUUCAAUCCGUAUCGUAAAUGUAUGUCGUACGAAGACGCAGUCAACCAAUUGUUGGCUGAUACGAAUAUGAUUGUAAUUCCGAAGAGCUAUUUUACCACAGAACAAAAAGUGGGCGUAAAGGCGGAAAAAGAUACAAGCACCUUCCAUAUGUAGAUUAAAUUGACGUAUACCAACGAGAAAUAUGUGACAUUUGCUAAACGUAUACCAAGACAAAACAUGUGAGACAAGAAGGGGAGUUCAGCCCUCGAAAUUUACAGACAUCUGCUUUUUUUCUCUAAAAUUCAUAUAUAAAAUUCGUUUGCUCGAACUCGACGGGAUCGGCAAAAUUUGUUCAAGUUGUCGAUAGUUCGAGCCACCGAAAAUCAUACAUUGUAUUGGGAUUUUGCCAGCACGUGACAACGAGUUCGGUUUAAAGAAUAUGUUUGAAAUAUCCGAUUUCGAGCGAACGAAGUUCGACUGUAUUAAUGAAGAAAAAAGGCUAUUAUGCAAGUUAAAGCGUUCAGCAAUAAAGAAACGGGGAUAUUAAGCAAAGUAUAUUGAUGGCAUGUGCUUAAGAAUAACAAGGCUUGUAAAUUUUUCAUUUAUGUCGUGCUGGGCGACCUUAGGUUUUCCACUUUUUCAUUGUACAUUAGCUUACAAACUAGUAAGAUGCAAAUUGUAUGCAUGCAUUAGAUACUCUGCGCAGAUUCAUACACAUUAAAGACAGUGUGCAUAUUAAUUCUCAUUAGAGAUAAUUAUAGAAAAUCAAUCACAAAUGCAUUAGUUUAAUGGAAUAUCACAGCUUUGAAGCACUGAAAUAAUUACUGCGAUAAAUAAACUUAUUAGAAAGAGUUUCCGUGAAUAUUGAAUAUGUAUACAUUCGUAUAAUCAAUAAUUAUCUAUUAUUAACUAUUAAUAUUCGUGGUUUCCUGGUUGUAGGCACCAAAGUUUAGAAUUAGCAGACAAAACUUAUUUAAUUAUGGAAUAAAGAAUGAAUAUGGCAUCAGAUGUAGAUCGACCAUCACGAAAAUCGAAUAGUACCCUACUACCGGUACUCUUGUUCAUUGACUAUGAGGAGGCUUUCGGUAACCGUUAUUCAUGAAACAUUAUGGUCAAAACUGGUAGAAUCUAAAAAUAGUUGUUAGAUGAUUGCAAUGAUAAUGAUUAAAACUAUCUACAGUAAUGUUAAAGCAUGUGUCAGGUUGAAUCCAAAUAUGGCCAUGUCUGAGGGUUUUUUUAUGUAACAAUCGGUGUUAAACAAGGCGAGUCAUUAUCUCCUUUGUUGUAUACCCUGUUCAUCGAAGCUGUAAUAAAAACUGUUGAUUUUAAUAAUAUGACUGAAAAUGACAUGAAUAUGUUAUCUAUAUACUUAAUAUUAUUCGCUAAUGAUAUUAUACUUUUUACCACUGAUCUUGUUAGUUUACGAUCCCAAGUUGAUAGUCUAAAUCAUUUUUCCGUAAAAUAGGGUUUGAAGAUAAAUGCUUUUAAAAUCAUGUUAUCUGCUUUUGAACAAAAAGAAAACGGUUUCAGCACAAAGUCAUUUUUUUAUCAAUGGUGUUAAGAUAGAGCUGGUAGACAUUUUUUCUUAUCUAAGUACAUUUGUAUUAAAUUUUCUAAAACAAGUAAUAUGAAUGUUACUGUUAAAGGGAAAGACAAUGUUGUUUUUGUAUUAAUUCAAUCUGCUAGGAUUUUUUAAUUGAUAUCAAGAAAUGAAAAAAAGUCAAAAUUGGCUUAAAAAUGAGAAAGUUAUGAGCAUUUAAAUAUUUGAUCAAGAUAUAUUAGAUACAAAUUUGACCUGCAUUUACUUAUUUUUGUUAGGUAAUUUAUUUUUUCCAGCUAUAAUAAAAGAACAUACCAUGUUUCAACAUCUUACAUUCAAGAAACAUAUAAAACUAAUUUAUUUUAAAGAUUUUUUGCUAAACAAAGAAUUCAGCAGUAAGUAAAUGACGUCAUAAACACACUAAAAUGGCUGCCUCUGUGAUCAGUCAGUUUCUUAAAUUUCAAACUACCACAUGUUUUUCAAUAGUCGGGCAUUCCGUGCCCUUUAAAGCUCUCUCUGAUCAAGCAUUAGGGCCUUAUCACAAUCUUUUGUCUUUAUUCGAUAGUGUUAAACUUGACAUUAAAACCAAAUUUUGUUUAUUUCAUUCUACUGUGGUUCCAAUUUUAUCGUAUGGAGCAGAAAUAUGGGGUGUCUAUAAUAUUAAAUAAAUUGAUAUGCUACAUUUUAGGAGUUAGAAAACAGGCACUAAACUAUGUUGCUUAUUGAGAACUUGGCAGGUUUCCUUUGUUAGGUUUAUGUAAAGAAAGAGCUAUAAAAUGUUGGCUAAAAAUCAAUAAGAACACAGGUUCUCCUACACAUACACUAUAUGUUGAUAAUUAUAAUAGCUCCAAUCCCAAGUCGUUAUGUAAAGACAUUAGCCCGCGGGUAAACUUUAUAUUUUCAUUUAAAAGAUAAUUAAGGGACCACUUAAUUCAAAACUGGUGUGCUUCUGUCACUGAUAUGCCAAAAUUUGAAUACUAUAGAAAAUUUAAAAAGUCAUUUUGCUAUGAUAUACACUAACACCUUAAAAUUACGUAAAGAACUUAUUUAUUUUAAAUAGAUUAUGUUCACAUUCUCUUGAAAUUCAAUUUGGGAGAUAUAAAUGGUACACAAAGAGAAAAUCAUUUGUGUAAACUUUGUAAUCAAAGAUCUGUAGAAUCAGAAUAUCACUUUCUCUUGUGUUGUGAUAGAUACAUUGAUAUACAUAACAUAUAUCUUCAGCUAAUUUCGUGGCCGUCAAUCAACUAAUUCUUGUCAAAUAGUUCUGUUGUUUAAAAUUGCUAAAUAUUUGAGAGAUGCUAUGAAGUUCCGUAUCGAUACCCUUGUUACAAUCACUGUUUCCUUAUUUGUUAUUUGUAUAUGAAUAAUGUAUAUUCACAAUUAUGAUUGUUUAUAUUAUACAGUUUUAUGUAUUUGCCAUUUUUUCACAUGAUAUUGUUAAUGGCUUAAAGCAAGAAUAUUGCCGAAUUGCUAUAAAUAUACUUAAAACUUGAAACUUAAAACUAAUUUGCGUUAUCAUUAAUUGC